GGCAGUCCCUACUAUGUCGUAAUGUGUAAGAAAGACACCUCCUUCAUAUCGAACCGCCUCUACGAUUUAUAGAGGGGUUUACACGAGCUCCUAGCAAAACUAACUGUAGGAGUCUACUGUAGACUAUGCAGGUCCGCGUGGUGAUACAAGGGCCGAGUCCUUGGGGCUUCAGGCUAGUGGGAGGCAAGGAUUUCGACCAACCCCUGACUAUUUCACGGGUAUCCCCUGGAAGCAAAGCUGCAGAAGCUAACCUGUGCAUAGGAGACAUGAUUCUGUCUAUUAAUGGAGAACAAACUGAGAGCAUGACUCACUUGGAAGCUCAAAAUAAGAUCAAAAACUGCAUUGAUGAGAUGGUGCUUACAAUUGACAGGUCUGAAUCAAAGAUUUGGACUCCGAUGGUCUCGGAAGAUGGCAAAACAAAUCCAUACAAAAUGAAUUUAGCCAGUGAGCCACAGGAGGUGAAACACAUAGGAAUUGCUCACAACCGGAGUGCAAUGCCAUUUUCUUCCGGUUCAGCUUCCAGCACCAGUCCAAAAGUUGUAACAAAUCAGUACAACAGCCCUGCAGGUCUAUACUCCUCUGAUAAUAUAAAGAAAUUCAACACUGCCUUGGAGGCUAAGACUGUUCCUGCUGCAUCUCCGGAGCCAAAUAAAACUUUAGAAGUGCAUAAACCUCCCACAAAAGUAGCAGUGGAUACAGGCUCUGAAGUCUAUAAAAUGCUCCAGGAAAAUCAAGAGGCAGCUGAACCUCCUCGACAGUCUGCCUCAUUCAAAGUAUUGCAGGAGAUUUUGGAGUCUGAUGAGAAAGGGGAAGGUGAUAAGCCAUCUGGUUUCCGAAGUGUGAGGGCCCCGAUCACAAAAAUUGGUGGAUCUGUUGGGAAUGCAGACAAGCUACCAGUCUGUGACAAAUGUGGAUCUGGUAUUGUGGGUGUUUUUAUAAAGCUGAGACAGAUGUUUGUCCAUCCCGAAUGCUACACAUGCUCAGACUGCGGCAUGAACCUGAAGCAGAAGGGCCACUUCUUUGUGGAAGAUAAGAUCUACUGUGAGAAGCAUGCCAGGGAACGGGUAACUCCCCCUGAAGGCUAUGACGUUGUUACCGUGUUUCCCAAAUAAGACUGGAGAUCCAGAGCUGGCAGCACUGAAUGUCAUGUCACAUCCAUUUUUACACUCGUACUCUUCUCGCUUGCUGAGUGACGGCAGAUUUUCCACCACUGGCCAUAUGCCACACGCACCUUCUAAUAAGCAUCGCCUUCAUUAUCACUCUUUUCUACUGUUCAUUUUAAUCACAGCGCUUAAAUAAAAACUGUGUUCUUGUU